GCAGGCAGGAGUUUUUCAAGAUCUUCGGAAAAGAAUUGAUCGUGUUUGGCAUGAUUUUUAAUAAACACCGCGGGAUCAGACAGCCAGAUGUACUAUAGGCCUGUACUUGACUCGUUGUUCGUGGAGUACUCCCGGGGCUUAUCGGAGCACUUUCGUACAUAAAACUGGUGGAUGGACAGGCAGGCCCUCUCACACAUACACAGGAAUAUCGAACAUAUUACAAACCAGAGGAGAGAGAACGAAACGGACUCAAUGCGAACAAAGCUUUACGCCAUUGUUUUGUGCCGUCAAUAAUCCACUUGCCCCGACUUCGAGGACUCACUGCAUCAUCGGGGGUUUUGACUCAAUUGGAAAGAGCAAACGAGGAAAAAACGUCAGGGCCCUUCUUUUCUGCAAAAAAAGAGAAAAAAAAAUCAUCUCUUCUUGAUCCUGUGUUCUUUUCUUCGCUGGAUGAUUGUCGUCGCUAUAUUCUUUUGGCCUCCACUAUUUCGUAAAGAAAAGAGGCGAAUGGAAAGAGAGAAAUAGAGGGAGAGGAGGGGAGUUUUAAUGGCACUUGAUUAGUGAACAAUAGGACCACAAGUAGAGGCAGACUGCACCAGAAAACAUAUUGUCAAGAUCAGGUGAGGAGAAAACGCGUUCUUUCUUUGGAGAAAAAAAUUUGAAGAAAAUUCAGCGCCAGAAAAAAUGCCGAAGGAAUGAUUUUCAUUUGGAGACAAGGAACGAUUUUUUUAUCCCGAUUGUUUGCGAAUUGAGAUUGUUGUCAUUGACUCAAGUGGAAACAAAUAGGACAUUUAGUGGGUUUCAGGGAUGUAACCUCAUAAUACGAAAUGGCAAACGAAUCUGCUAAGGGGUUACACAGAGAGAAAGAGAGAGAGAAGGAUACAAGAAGCGAGGAAAGCAGAGGAGAGGAGGCUGGCUGACAUCUCAUUUUGGUUUAGCUGAAUAAAGAGCGUGUCAUUCGAUGAAGCUGACGGGGAAGAAGGACAAAGAAUACCGAGAGGAAAAUUCAUCUUCACUUGAAGGAUAAAACCGAAAAAAAUGCCCGAUUUCUGAGAGGAUUCAUUUUUUUAAUAUUCGGACUCGAGAACAAAUCCAGUGACGAAAUUUGGUUCCAACUUCCAACCGUAUUAUGGUCCUCGAAGAAUCGUUGGCACCCCUUUCAUUGGAUAUUGAAAAUUCUUCCCCUUUAAUGGGGGAUUUCCUUUUGCUCGCAUGAGAAAACAAAAGUCGCAUCUUUGGGUAUCCCGAAAGGAAAACAAUGUUAAGUGGCAGGUCGAAAUUCAACGAACAAGUAUGGAUGUGCUGUUUUGCAUUUUGGACGGCAUUAGCGACUGGUAUUAUUCUCUGAAAAACUACGCCUGCCUCUUUGAUAGUGAAGGAUGAAUUUUAGACGCAGAAUGUAGAGAAUCUUUAGAUAAUGUCGUCAUCGAGAACAUCGCCGCCUGUUUGUCAUUACAAAUCCCCUUUUUGAAAAAAAAAAUCUCAAGUGAAAAAAUAUCAUCAGAUGCUUCAUUCAGAGAAAUUAUCGCAGUGAAAUUUUUACGUACGCUGAAAGAAACAAACGGAGAAAUGUCAAUCUAUACGCACGAAAAAGGAGAUUUUACACAAGUUUUCAAGUUUGAAAAAAAAGAGAAAAAAAAGAAGAUAAUAGAUGAAAAAGAAGAGGAAAGCAAGGUCCUUAAAUCAUUGUUCACGGUUAAUUUGUCGGCACAUUUGGAUUUCUGUGUAAGGUGGAUGAAAGGACUAAACGGACAAUCAUCAAUUCUGCUUCGUGAGGGAAAGUGACCUGUCCCUUCUUCCCCAACCUGAAAAAGAAUCAACACCCUUAAAAACAGGCAUAAAAAGAACCAAUCAAGAAAAAAUAUUUUUGCAAAUUUGCAACCAAAAGGUGGAAGCAGUGCAAGGUAUCCUCUCUCAGAAUUGGGGCAAAACUUCGCAUCGUGGGAGACGGCUACUUUCCCUCACGGGACGACGCAAUCGAUGACUGCCUCACGAAACACCCCCAGGAAAUGGCAGUAUAUUCAAACUACACCGCCCCUGUCAUUCUUCAAUCGAACAAUUUUGUUGUCGACUCUUAUAUGAACGAAGCAGGGGAAGAGGGACGUAUAUAUACAUCAAAUUCAGAUUCGGGACUCAUUUACGAUUAUAAUUUUGGAGAAUUGUCAAUUCGCGAGAUGCGCUGGAGAAACUGGAACGGGAGUGACGGCUUUCCAUCGUGACACUUUGCUGUUUAGGUUGAUAUUGAGACGGCGUUUCAAAAGAAAAGAACGACGAAUUGAGUGGAAAAGACACUUAAAUAUAUACAUUGGAAUAUAUGUACAGUGAGCGCAUUGGAAAUCGGCAGUGAAUAUUUUUCCGCAAGCCUUAAAAAACUCGCCGAUGUAAUUUUGGAAUUUAUCAAGAGGAAUUCACGCUGAAAUAGGUCAGGGAAUUAUCACGGGACUUGUGUGGAGUUUAAUUUUCAAAGAAUAUUCAACCACGAAACGUAAAUGUGUAAGUAAACAGUUUAAAUGAGAUCUUUAUAGACGGUCGGCAAAUUCUCUUCUAUAUGCCAAACAAACAUGUUGCCAACCGAUAAACCAUGUUUUGAUGUGAUUUACACCGGUUGUUAAUUUCAUAACUCAUGAGUUGCUUGCAAUUCUGCCAUGGAAAAUCAUCGAAAGUUUCCAAGUGCGGUUCAAAGUGAAAGCAAAGUUCAAAAGCCGAAAUUAUACAAUUUCCAGUUUUAAAAACAAUACAACACGCACAUCAAAUAAUAUUCUUUUUCCUGGGAUUGGAAAUGAAAAUCAUCAUUGAUUGUUGGAUCGUCAAAACUAAGAAGAGGAAAAUUUGUUUCACUCUUUCCGUAUAAAGAACAACAAAUGUAAAGAAUUUCCCUGCGAUCGGAAAUGGAAUUCAUCAGAAAUUAAAUUUUUUACUGGAAUUGGAAAUAGCAAUCAUCAUCUACUGUUGGAUCGUCAAAACUAAGAAGAGAAAAUUUGUUUCACUCGACUCGUAUAUAAAGAGCAACAAAUGUAAAGAAUUUCCCUACGAUCGGAAAUGGAAUUCAUCAGAAAUUAAAAUUUUUCCUGCGAUUGGAAAUGGAAUUCAUCAGAAAUUAAAAAUAUUAUGGACUGUUGGAUUGUAAAUUCUAUGAAGAAGAGGAAAAUUCGUUUUAAAUUUCAAUUUAUCAGGAAAUUUUUGUUUCGACAUGAUUUUGAACUCCCCGAGAUUAUAUCGUCGUCGCAGUUGGAUUGAGAAAAAAAAUACUGAAACAUCAGGAUUAACUGAAGCACUUCUAUAUACACUCGACUAAACAAAACAUACUUUGAUGGUCUCUACGGGAAAUAUUUCUUCAUUUUGAUGCUAGCAACCCUUUCAUUGAAGAUUAUUAUACUCUUUCCAUGGAAAGAAUUUCGUGAUGAAAGAAACAUUAUAAUGAUUUUUAUUCACUUUCGACAAUUUUUGAAGGAAACAAUGAAGCACUGUUGUUUUAAGAAUAGGAUGCGAGAGAGAAAAAAAGAAAGAGACGAAGAAGAAGAAUAAGUUGAGAGGAAAAAAUGAAAGAGAACUUUUUAAACACGAGUCUCACACAAGAUGUGCAACCUAUGGUGUGAGAGAUGGAUAUAAAUACAACGGUGUGUUCGUCAAAAGAAUUUACUGCAUUGUAGAGACAUCUUUGAGGGACGUCGUGAAUUGUGUUUGGAAUCUUCAUUACCCAACUGUUAUCCUAGACAGUUGUGUGUCCUCUUCAAUCAGCAGAGAGCCAUGAUCAGAAAAGUAUACGUUGUGAAAAAAUCCAAAAGUGCCGUAGAAAAUUAUAAAUAGUAAUAAUAAUACACAAAAGAUUGUUUUAUCGACAAGGAGGCUUAAAUUUACUGAGAGGUUUUAGAAAAAAAAAUUGAAAAUCACGUAAACAAAUUGUUGAAAAAUGCCCUUUUGGUAUUAUGACAAGGAGGAGUUAAAAGACACACCUUCAUUUCGAGAUGGAAUCAAUUGUGAGACGGAAAAUCGUUACAGAACUGAAGGUGCAAGAUUUAUUAUUGAUACGGGAGCAAAAAUGGAUUUGGGUUACAAUACAAUAGCAACGGGUGUUGUUUAUUUUCAUCGUUUUUAUAUGUUUCAUUCUUUUAAAACAUAUCCACGUUACGUGACAGCAUGCAGUUGUUUAUUUCUAGCCGGGAAAGUGGAGGAGACGCCAAAAAAAUGUAAAGACAUUAUCAAAACUGCCAAAGGCUUGUUGACUGAAGAAAAAUUUUCAAGUUUCGGCGAAGAUCCUAAAGAGGAAGUAAUGACGUUAGAAAGAGUAUUACUACAGACAAUCAAAUUCGAUUUACAAGUCGAUCAUCCUUACAAAUAUCUUUUGAGAUAUGCGAAAUGUUUGAAAGGAGACAAAGCCAAAUUGCAAAAUAUGAUCCAAAUGGCUUGGACUUUUGUUAAUGAUAGUUUAUGUACAACCCUGUGCCUUCAAUGGGAACCUGAAAUAAUUGCAGUCGCUUUAAUUUAUUUAGCUGGACGAUUAAGUAGAUUCGAAGUUGUCGAUUGGAAUGGAAAGCAACCAAAGCAUUUAAAAUGGUGGAAUAUGUUUAUAGAAGACAUUACAAUGGAAAUUUUAGAAGAUAUUUGUUUACAAGCCUUAGAUUUAUAUCCCCAGACAAAUAGUUUUAAAGUUCUGGAAUCUCAUUCCUCGGAUGCAACUAAUGGAACGACCAGGGAAAAAACUGCAACACCGCCAAUUGUUUCGACUGUAAACACUAUAAACGUUCCUGUGACAAUCACAAGGAUUUCAGCCACAGAAACUAAUUCAGUGCCUGUUAAUGAACGUCCAGUGGAUGACGUUAUCGAGAAUGCAAGACUGAUUGAGUCUUCGGUGCAAUUUCAACCGUACACUAUGAAUUUCUCUAAUAAUCUUAUUUAUCCUCCGGUAUAUCCUCCAUUAGAUUUAUCAAUACCGCCGCCAAAUGUGGUUGCAAUGAAAUCCAUUGUUCCAAAUUCCAAUUCAAUAAGAAUUCUCACACCUCCCACAAAUUUGCGACCACCACUACCACAUCAAUUUCAAUCUCAUUUCAAUUAUUCUCCAAAUCUUUCUUACAUUCCUCGAAUACCUGGACCACCGCCAUUCACCAAUCAAACCUAUUAUCCACCAAAAUUAUGAACUGUGAUAAAUGAUUCAUAAUAAUUAUAUAUAUU